UCAGUAAAAACCAAUGGCCAUGAUCCCUGAUGUCUGAUCACAACCAUCAUCAUCAUCAUCGUCAUUUUCAUCAUACGUUACAAAACCUAACACUGUGAAAUCCCCAAUUCCUCCUGUUUCCUCUCUCUCCUCCCAUUUUCCAUUUCUCUAGGUUUCCCCCCCUUUCUCUCUCUCUCUCUCAUUCUCUUCGCUCAUAAUCUCCAUCGAUUCUCUUCGAAUCGCCUUUUCUCAAUCGAUUUAUAAUCGCUACUCUCGAGAUCUCAAGUUAAUCUCCAUCGAUUCUCUUUGAAGCCAUCCAUUUGUUUAGGGUUUUGUUUCCUUGCUUUAUCCUAAGGUUUCUGCUCGUAGAUCGUGCGGGCAUUGGAGGGAUUGACACCUAGGGUUUGUCUCCGUCUGCAAUUGAUUUUGCGACUGGUAAUUGGAUUUGGGGGUCACGGGGUUAGCUAAGUUUUUAUUGGCUCCAUUAGUAGGCUUUUAUGGGCGAUCAUGAGGGUUGGGCUCAGCCAAGUGGCCUAAUGCCCAAUGGCCUUUUGCCCAGUGAAGUUGGCAGUGUGACGCGUGUCCUCGAUGCUGAGAGAUGGACCAUGGCCGAAGAGAGGACGGCCGAAUUGAUUGCUUGCAUUCAGCCCAACCAGCCUUCGGAGGAGCGGAGGAAUGCGGUGGCAAACUAUGUUCAAAGGCUCAUCACCAAAUGCUUCUCUUGUCAGGUUUUCACAUUUGGUUCUGUACCGCUAAAGACAUAUUUACCUGAUGGAGAUAUUGAUUUAACUGCAUUCAGUGAUAAUGAAAACUUGAAGGACACUUGGGCCAAUGACGUACGGGAUGUACUAGAGAAUGAAGAAAGAAGUGAGAAUGCUGAAUUUCGAGUGAAAGAAGUUCAGUACAUUCAGGCUGAGGUAAAGAUAAUAAAAUGUCUUGUAGAAAACAUUGUUGUGGAUAUUUCUUUCAAUCAAGUUGGUGGAUUAUGUACGCUUUGUUUUCUGGAAGAGAUUGACCACUUAAUAAAUCAAAACCACCUGUUCAAGCGGAGUAUUAUACUAAUCAAGGCUUGGUGUUACUAUGAGAGUCGUAUUCUAGGUGCUCAUCACGGGCUUAUAUCUACAUAUGCUUUGGAGACAUUGGUUCUUUAUAUAUUUCAUGUAUUUAACAAUUCUUUUGCUGGACCACUUGAGGUCUUAUAUCGUUUUCUAGAAUUUUUCAGCAACUUUGAUUGGGACAACUUUUGCGUUAGUCUCUGGGGUCCAGUCCCUAUUAGUUCGCUCCCAGAGAUGACAGCGGAACCUCCCAGAAAGGAUAGGGGUGAAUUGUUGCUGAGUAAGCUCUUUCUGGAUGCCUGCAGUGCAGUAUAUGCAGUUUUUCCAGGUGGUCAAGAGAACCAGGGGCAACCUUUUGUUUCAAAGCAUUUUAAUGUCAUUGACCCUUUACGGACAAAUAACAACCUUGGCCGGAGCGUCAGUAAAGGUAACUUUUUUAGAAUACGCAGUGCUUUUGCAUUUGGUGCCAAAAGGCUAGCCAGACUGCUUGAAUGUCCAAAAGAGAGUCUGAUUGCUGAAGUGAAUCAGUUUUUCAUGAAUACAUGGGAAAGACAUGGCAGUGGCCUUCGGCCGGAUGCACCAAGCUCAAGUUUGUGGCAUUUGCGACCUUUAGAAACUGCUCUGGUUGAAGAAUCCAAUACUUCAAAAGGUGAUGAAAGUACUAAAAAAAGGAGUGAAAAUGUUGUACCACGGCCUGAUCAGGAGUAUCAGGCUGCAGGUAAUCUUGCUUUUCAAGGUUCCAUCCCUCAGGUUAUGAGCAUCAUCACCCAGCACUCCCAGCAUGCACUUAGGACAAGCAAUCCAUCCAUAGUUUCUCGUACACACAGCCAGAGAAAUUAUGACAAUCACAGUAGCACAAGGGAUUCUGAUCAGUUAGAAAGAAGCAUUAGUUCUAGUGGUUCUACUCAACCUGACCGGAGCCAGAGAAAUUUAAAGCCUGAUAAUUCUGUCAGUGAUCAGGAAGGGCUCGGCAAAUUCCAUUUUGCGAGAACGCAAUCUAGUCCUGAGCUAACUGAGACAUCUGCUGAUUUAUUGCCUCGAGCUAGACAGAAUAGAGUUCUUGAAACAGGGAAAGAUCAAUAUUCACAUGCAAGAUUAGAUUAUGGUGGCAGAAGGAAGAAUAUGGUUUCAGAAGCUUCUGGCAAUCAUGGUACAAGGUCAUCUAUUGGCGACCCGUCAUCUUUGAGGCACAGCUCAUCUAAUCAAAGCUUAGAAGCCCCUACUGACACAAGCAGUGUGUCAAACUGUUAUCAUGAUGACAGUGGUUUUGCAACCAUGGGAGAAGAGCUUCCUUCUGUCUCUGAGGCAUUAGAGCUCCAUCAAGAUAUGCAACAGGAAGAACAAGAUUUAGUCAACAUGAAGGCAUCUAGACUUCAUACUUUCAAUGGACAAGUUCAACUUCCUAUGCAUAUGGGUUCUCCCCAGCUUCCUCUUCCACUCUCUCCUGUUCUAGCUUCCAUGGGUUAUGGCCAGAGAAAUUUGGCAGGAUUCCCCAGUAAUAUUACAUUCGUCGAUCCAUCCUGGGGAUCAGGUGUGCAAUUUCCUCAAGGUUUUGUUCCAUCGACAAUGACCCCUUAUUUUCCUACUGCCAGUAGUCUUAGUCCAAACCCUGAAGGAAUUGUUGAUUCUGGCAACGAGGCUUCUGGUGUGUCUGAAUUGAAUCCAGAGGAUAGUGACCAUGGUGCAUGGCAUGAACACGAUUCUGGAUCUAGCAGAGGUUUUGAUUCUGAUAAUGUAGGUGUUCAGGUGCUUCAUUCUGAUGAAAAACAUCAGUUAAAAAUGGGCGGGUUCAGUAACUUUGUCCCUUUAUCUCGGGGCAGUAGUCCUAAUGCUUCUGUUACACGAAGUCCACAAAAAGUUGCGGAACAUAGAGGACAAGUAAGAGAGAAUCACACUGAAGCAUCUCCUUAUCAAACCAGUAGAAGUAAUGAUAUUAACUCCAAUGACAGGAAUGCAAAUUUGAGGUUUCUACCAGUGUCACAGGCUAGCUCUUCACGAAGCAAAUCAUCAAGUGAAAGUUUGAGAGAUGGAUCAUCAGUAAGGGUUCCUAAAUCUGCUAGGGAUAAAUGGGGAAGAAAGCCAGCAUCCUCCACAGUUGUGACUAACGCAUAUGGGAGAGCAAAAAGUGGUUGGCAUUUUGAAGGAACUCCAGGUCAUGUUUCUCCACAGGAAGAUGAGGAUAGCAGGGAUUGGGUUUCUCUUUCAACUGCGAGCACUGAUGUGGUUGACAGAAGUUCUGGAUCCGCAUCUAGAGGCUAUCAGCCACCUGGGUAUGAAUAUGCAGAACAAACAAGUGGAUCGGAUUCUAUGAUCCCGAUUGCACCAAUUAUUGUUGGUAAUUCUCGGCAGAGGGCAGAAAAUUCUGGGGUUGUCCCCAUUGCAUUUUAUCCUACAGGUCCUCCGGUUCCGUUUUUGACUAUGCUGCCGGUUAAUGUGUAUAAUUUUCAAUCUGACACUGGAAAUGGUGAUAGUUCUUCAAGCCAUUUUGACAAGGACGAAGGAGUGGAUGAUAGUCGUGUAAGUGCAUCCAAUCAGAACUGCGAUUCAACUGAAAACCUUGAUCAGUCCGGAGUUCACAUGAGUGUAACUGCUCAAAAAAGUACGGCACUUGAUAUCUCUGAGGAGCCAAAAUCUGACAUUCUUCAUAGUGAUUUUGCCAGUCACUGGCAAAAUUUGCAAUAUGGGCGCCUUUGCCAAACCAACCGUAAUAAUGGACCAUUUGGCUACCAUUCUCCUGUUAUGGUUCCACCGGUAUAUUUGCAGGGUCAUGUCCCAUGGGAAGGUCCUGGCAGACCAGUUUCAGCCAACCUGAGCUUCUUCACACAAGUAAUGAAUUAUGGAUCCCGCCUGGUUCCUGUUGCGCCUCUCCAGUCAGGUCCAAACAGGCCUGCUGGCGUUUUCCAGCGUCAUGGCGAUGAACCACCCAGAUUUCGUGGUGGCACUGGAACUUACCUGCCAAAUCCUAAGGUUCCUUUCAGGGAUCGACAAUUUCCAAGCACAAGAAAUCACAGAGGAAACUACAAUUAUGAUCGGCACGACCAUGGUGAUAGAGAAGGGAGCUGGAUUAGUGCAAAAGCUCGAGCUAUGGGUCGCAGCCAUGGCCGAAAUCAAGCUGAAAAGCCAAGCACACGACUUGACAGAUUGGGUUCUGCUGAUAAGCGACCUGACAGACCAUUGGAUUCCUACAGGCAUGAAACUCUUUCCUCGCACCCAGUUCAGAAUAGUUCCUUUGGGACAUCAAACUCCUCAUAUGGCUCAGGAAGUAUGCCCUAUGGUAUGUAUUCAAUGCCUAGCGCGAGUUCAAAUGGUGUUGGUCCAAGUGGUCCUGGAAUUCCUUCUGUGGUAAUGUUGUAUCCAUAUGAUCAAGGAGCUGCUGGCUAUGCGUCAUCAUCUUCUGAAUCGCUCGAGUUUGGCUCAUUCGGGCCGGUGCAACUCACAGGUGUGAAUGAAGUUCCACGACCUGGUGACGGGAAUUUGGGGAGGAGGGUACAUGAGCAGAGGCAAGGCACAUACCGAGGAAGUUCUCCGCGAUCUUCUCCAGAUCAACCCUCUUCGCCACAUAUUCAAAGAUCAACAAGCCAGAGGAAUUAUGAGUUGAAAGACGAGGAUUUCCCACCUCUUUCUUUUUCGAGUGAAGGAGGUAAUGUGGAAGAACAAUUAUAACAGCAAAACUUUUGCAUCGUCAGACAUUAUUCUUUCCACAUCCUCACUCAUAGCUGUGGCCUUUUCAUUUUCUGAUUGUAUUUGUAAAAAAUUUCAUGUAUGGUUUGAACAGUAGCUUUAUGUAUACUAAUCCCGAUCCACCCCAUUUGGGAAUGGGGAAGAAUGAUUCUCUUAUUAGCUUCUAGGUGGUACACCAAAAAAGAUACUUAUUUUGUUUAGAGCAUCAAAGUUUAGAUCAUAGUCAUGGUUAGGGUUCCUUUCUAUUGUAUUAGGUAAAAGCUCUUAAAAUAACAGAUGUGCUCCAUUUACUAAUGUGACUGUUAGAAUGAAGUAUAUUUCAAGAUGAAAUAGAUUUUAUGAGUUACUACUUUCAGUGUAAA